AUGUGUCUCCUCUUAUUCCAGCUGCUGGUAUUCCUACCCCUGGGAGAGGCUGGAGAGCAUCUGCAGGGCAGCCAGUAUCACAGUGUUCUCUCCCAGAGGCCCCUAGAAAGACAUCACAGAGAGCUCCCUGUGGGCAACCAUGGGGAAGCAGACGACAAGCCAGAUUUGUUUGUGGCAUUGCCCCACCUGAUGGGUGCCAGCCCUUCAGGAGAAAGCCAGAGGCAAAGAGAGAAAAUGCUGUCUAGGUUCGGCAGGUUCUGGAAGAAACCUGAUAGAGAACCACAUCUAGCCAGGGAAUUGGAUGAUGAGCAGGUACCACCUGGGACCCAGGCCCACACUCAGCCUAUGAAUGCAAUCAAAAUGGAGAAAUCUCCUCUUCAGGAAGAAGCCAAGAAAUUCUGGCACCACUUCAUGUUCAGAAAGAGUCCAGCUUCACAGGGGAUCAUUUUGCCCAUCAAAAGUCACGAAGUACAUUGGGAGACCUGUAGGACUGUGCCCUUCAGCCAGACUAUCACCCAUGAAGGCUGUGAAGAAGUGGUUGUGCAGAACAACCUCUGCUUUGGGAAAUGUGGGUCUGUUCACUUUCCUGAGGCUGCACCACACCUCCAUACCUUCUGUUCCCACUGCUCACCUGCCAAGUCCACCACGAUGCACUUGCAGCUGAACUGUACAGGCAUUCCCUCUGUGGUCAAGGCAGUGAUGCUGGUGGAGGAGUGCCAGUGCAAGGAGAAGACAGAACAUGGACAUAGACACCACCUACAGGCUGAUGCCCAGGACUCCUUUAUACCGGGAGUUUCAACUUAA